AUCAGACACGUGAAAAUAAGUCGUCAGCUUUAAACAAUGUUGUUUUUGUAUGACUACGUUGAGUAGUUUAUUUGUAAUGCUGAGCGUAAAAAUACACAAAGUUUAGAGUGAAGCCUUUAUAAAAUGUCUGAUCAACAAAGUUAUAUCCGCAACUUGAUUGAAAAGAAAUUCAGCGCAUUUUGUGCCAAAGAAGGUGUUAGAUGCUGCUUCGAGAUUUCAAGUGAGAUGGUACUUACUACGAAUGGGAUAGAUGCGUUGUUGUAUCUGUGUUCUAAACUUCCUAACAGAAAGCUGCAGUUGGCUUUUUUGGAUUUCUUUAUUCAAACGGUUACAUUGUUGGAUGAAAAAGCCAUAGAUCAGAUUAUCAAAUACCUUUUAAGAGUUUUCAAAGACACGACGGAAAACAGUUGUGUUCAAGGCAAACAAUGCGAUUCUGUUCUAAGUAACUGUGCAAAACUUAUGGUCUAUUGUUUAACGCACCCACAUGCGCCAUCUAAUUCAUAUGUAUUUUUCAUGGAAGCCAUCGACCAGAUCAAAUCAAUAAUUUGUGGUUCCACUAAUGUUGAGUGCCUUAUAAGCUAUGCAAUCUUAUUCAUAAAUAUUGUUAAAUUGGAAAGGAAAAAUUACUUGGCUGAAAUAUUGGCUGUGCUUAAUCAAUCCGAGAAUUCACCUUCGUCAGAUAUCACAGGGAAUCUGUCUUUUUUAUUCCAAUUAUUUCACAGUAGUAAUUCGCGAGCUCAAUUAGCAAUUCUACUAGCACUGGUUGGGAUCCUAUCUACAACUGAUUGGUUUUGUAAUUACGAGAAUUAUGGAAACAUAAGUUUGUAUGUUCUGUCUAUGGCUGGAUUUUCUGUUGAUCCAAAUGAUCAUCUGCUAAGAAAGUUUAAUCAGAAUGAUUCAGUUACUAAUUUACUUCAAUCGAAAAUAGUUUACAAUUGGUCCAAAAAGAAUUUAUUAAAUCACUAUGAGGAUGAUGUAGAAAGAAAUAUCGAACAAUUUAAUGUAUUCACGAGUCCACUUCUAACGUAUUGUAUAGACAUGAGAAGCAGUUACAUAGACGCUAUUCGAUAUUCCGCUUUAGAUACAAUUGAGAAUAUCAUAUUUUUUCAUUUGAAGUAUUGUGACGAAUGUCGCCAGUCAAGAAUAUCUGAUAACAAGUCAAAAAUAUCUUGUGGUUAUUUGAAUGAAAUUUUAAAUCAGUUAGUGAGUGAUUCAUGUUACAGUCGCGGAACAAUUGCUAUGUUAACUCGAUUCAUCCACUGUAUGUCUAAGACUCGUGUGUAUAGGACAAUCAAUUUAUUGCACUCUUUGGAUUCUGUUUUUCAGCCAUUUGUUAAUGACACUAAUUUAGAAAUUUGUGGAAGAAUUGUUUCAGGAUCGAUGAAGAUUGCCGAUGAUCCUAACUUGGCGUCAGAAAUUUCAGAAUUGUAUACAUUAAUUACGCACAACUUGUACACUGAGAAUGACCCAUUAAUUUAUGUAUGGUUAUCUGGUUUAGUCGAUACCUUUAUUCGUAACUCUAACGAAACAUUUCAUUCUACAGUUAUUCAGAAUAUUCUACCCAGUUUAGUGAAAACCAAUCCUAAAUUGUUGGAAUUACUGGUAAAAUGUUGCAACAGUGACUCAGUAAAAAUGAAUACUGACUUGCCUACGUUCCUACUAACUUGUUAUCAUCUUUUAUCAUUUAAUGGAAUGAAAACUGACUGUUGUGAAUACUUGUCGUUAAAUUUCUUAACAUCAUGUCUUCGCUCAUAUGAUAAUCAGUUACGUCUUACAGCUUUAAAUGUUUUAGUAAGUUUAAUUACAAAAUCCAAACAAAAAAUGAUCUUAUCAAAUGAAAAAUUGGAAAUGUUUCUUAAUUAUCUCAGACACGAUUUGUGGCCAAAUUCAAAGCGUAUACACGGCCAAAUUGUCAGUGCAAUUAAAGAUAUUUUGUUGCAUACACUUCCAAUUAUGAAACGUGAAACAAACGAUACCAAUUUAAAUAAUCUUAAAUCGUUUCAUGUUGAAAUGGUUCAUAUCUUGAUGACAUGUAUUUAUCCUGGAUCACCAGCAUCUCGUCUAUCAUUAGGCUUAGCUGGAUUAUACACAGUUGUUGAAUGCUUUCAUUCUGUUUUUUAUACCGAUGAUUAUUCAGAGUUCAUGGCACAAAUUAUGAGUUGUUUGAUUAAAGCAACUCAAAAUGUAUAUACAAUACCUUCAUUUACCGAUGAAAAUUUUAAACCAAUCGAUCACUCAACGUCACAACUGUUCUUUCUCUUUUUGACUGGUUUAUGCAGUCGAUAUGAUGUUGACCGAGAUUAUACUGUGAAAAUACUGUUGAGAUUGGAUGUUUUAAAACAACUUAAUCCUAAUUAUAUCAAUAAAUUAUGGACUGAUACACUAGAAAUCUAUGCUCAAAGUUCCAAACCGGAUGUCAAUCCUAUUGCUGGCGAUAUAUUACGUUUUCUUAUAUAUGGUAAUGAGAAUGUCGAUGAAUCAAACCAGUUGUCUUCAUCUUCAUCGUCUGUAGAUAAGAAACUUAUACAAGCAAUUGAUUGUCUAGUCAACCAACUUCAAGAACAAAUUACAAUUUGUGAAAAAUUACCAGUAAUUGGUUUAAUGUCUGUGGCAACUAAUAAACCAUUUUAUGCUAUACUUAGUACAAUCCGUUCUAUUAUUGGUGUCACCUCAUCAUCACCAUUGAAUAAGAAAAAUAAAAAGCCUACCGAUGCUCAAAUUUGGAGUAACACAUCAAUUAAGGCAGAAUCCUUGUUCAAACAAAUCAAUGGAGUAAAUGUUAUCGAGCGUAUAAUUUCACUAGGUCUUCGUAUAUCUGAAAUUGUGCUACCAGUUGUUGGACAUGAAUCACCUGAAGGUGUCUUGUUAACUUCACAACAAGACGUAAUCAUUGAUGAUAUUAAAACUGCAGAUGAAGAAGCUUCUCAAUUGUAUAAAUUUUAUGAAAAAACACGAAAUCAUCCAGAAUAUUUAAUUUUAUGUUGUUGGCGUUCUGUUCGUGAAUUAUCUUUACUUAUGGGUAUAUCACUUGUCUCAUACGGUUUGAAUAAAUUCGAUAGUAAUCAAAUAAAACCAAAAGAGAUUUUUUCUAUUGCCCGAUUUUUCUGUACUCAGUUACUUUGUUGCCGCCAUCGUGGGGCAUUUGAACUGUGUGCAACUGGAUUUACAAACUUUUGUACUGCGCUUGUAAAUCAUCCAGUCUAUUUUACAAUUCCUAUUCAUUGGCUUAAUGCAGUCACUGGUCAAACUUUGUCAUUAAAUGAAAAGUCGACAAACGAUUGUUCGACUGUAAUAGAAAAUAUUGAUUUUUCACUAGAAUCAUGUAUGGGAAAACAUAAUACAAUGGAAUGUAUCACUCGUCGUGGUGCCGGUUACCCUUUAUUUGUUCAGGUUGGCUCUCUUUCUUUUGGCCUUCUGGUUGACUAAUAUAUUAAAACUGGUGUGGGUAAGAAUGAUAAUGUUUGGUUGUCUGCUUAGUCAGACUUGUAGAUAGUCUGAUAGGUGUCAGAUGAGUUAUAUAUUCCCCUAUUCUUAUUGUUACUUAUUAUUGAUUGUUCAUCGUUGUUGGAUUGUGUCGGGUUUUGGUGUGGAAAUAUAUUUACGUUGUGAUCAGGCUAAUCACGUGUUCUUUAUGUGAGUUGUGUUGAUAUCCUGUAGAAUAGACACUAAGAGGGAAUCUAGUGUAGAUAUUCAUCUAAGGUAAAUUGACGUCCCAUACGUGUAAACGUGAAAAACCAACCGUCUUAACAUUGGCGGGCACAAGUUAUAACAGAAACACUUAACCUUUUAACUAUCGUGAUGCAUAUUUGAAAUGUACUUUCGUUUUUGAACAACCUCAUAGCACAUAUCUGACUGUGGUGCAUAUAUAUAUAUAUAUAUAUAUAUAUAUAUAUAUAUAUAUAUAUAUCUGUCAGAGAUGUUAGCAGCUUGUUAUUUAUUUCUAAUAAUGCUAUCACAAAACUGACCUGUCUGUCAGAAGAAUAAUUUCAACAUUGUUGUUCAAAUACACAUUUUCAUUUCCAGAUUAGACAGUGCAUUUGGUAAAGAUGAUAAGUUGGGUGAUGUAGUUGUGAAUCUCCACGUAUUGUGUUUGUUCAACUACUGCCUUCUGUGAUGUUUAAUUUUGGUUGGUGUAAAAAUAAGUUGGGGAAUCUAAUGCUGAUCAAGAUCACCUUGUAGUUUUACUUUCGAUUGAUGCAUAUCACAUGACAAGGUGAAAUUUCUAGAGGAUCUCACUAAAUUAUCGGAAUAUUAAGAAAACAUAUUUAUCUCAUCUAGUUUGGAAUUGACAGUUGUCUUUAAAGGGUUUAAUCGUCCAAUUUAAGAUUGUUCAUGGCAUCAAUAAUUCAUUAUUCAAACGUCAAAUAUCAUUAUUGAUUAGUUUCAUGCUACAGCGAUUAUUCCGUGUACCAAAGUUUACGUUAAAUUAAAUUGAGCUAAAUUCUUUUUAGAACUCGGACAUCAACGAUUGAAUGGGCAUACGGUUUAACAACUUGGUCUAAUGUGCAUACAUAUAUGUGAUUGAUUCUACACUGUGACCUGUGGAUGAUUGGUGAUGUAGUUGUUGUUUCCUCACUUGAACUCAUUCAAAUCGUGUAACAACUAUUCUUCCUAUUUUUGAGUUUCUCUCAUUAUAAUUGUAUUAUUAAGAAACUUAAUUUUUUAUUCUUAUAUUGAUACAGGCUAUUUUAACUGCAGAUUUAACCCGUAACACUAAUGUAUCAACAACAACACUUACAAAUACAGUCUGCUGGUUACUCAAAUCAGUUAAAACGUCUUUUUGUAACAACAAUCUUCAACAGUCCAACAACCUUAGUACAUGUGUACUACACCUAAAUAUCAUUCGUGAUAUAUUUCAAUCAAAAAAUUUAAAUUAUCAUACAGAUAAAUAUUUACAAAAAGCAUUAAUUAUUGCUUUGGAUGGUGUUGGAUGUGGAGAUUUAUCAGUGAGUUUGUUAUAUAUAUAUAUAAAUUCUGAGAGCUCUUCAAAGCGGCUUGCUUUUAAUCCUGCUGGGACAUGAACAUAGCGAUCAAAUAAAACUUCCCAUAGAUUUUAAUUCAAACAGUCGUAAGAUUAGACAUUAGUCACUUCAUCACAACAGACCGUAAAUAAGAAAUUAUAUUGUGUAUAUUUACAAGCCGUAAAUAAUAGGGAACAAAGCAAGAAGUGAAUAAGUAAACAAUUCUAAUUUAGAAAUAGUACAACGUAUAUCGACGUUUAUACUAUAAAUUCGAGUUUUAAUAUAGGAUAAUGUAGAAAUAUAACGAUCUCUCGUUGGAUAGUUCAAAAAGUGUAAACUUUCUUAAAAUCCUCUUCGAUAUAAUACACAUCUAGUCGCAUAUGUGUCAUAGUUUGGUGUGUGUAUAUGAUGUAUUUUCAUUAAUCAUUUAACCAAAUCAUAGUAAAUAUUCAGUUGAUUUUCAUGAAGGAAACUUUUAGCAAAGAUAACCGUUCAUCUAAAAAUGUAAUUCAUGCAAUGAAAACCCCUAAAUGCCCUGGUACAACCGAGAGUGGGGAAGGUCAUCUCUCUCUCUCUCUCUCUCUCUCUCUCUCUCUCUCGAAAUGCUAUCACAUGGCCACGUGCAUACAACCACUGCCAGGAAGUCCUACUCAUUGCCUUCUCGUGGCGGGGGUGUUGUUUACAAAACUGAGAGGACGAAAAGCGAAUGUCCGGCACUUUGACUGGGUUGGUGGAUACGGAGAAUCCACCUAGGGAGUUGGAAAACCCUGAUUCCACACCAGUGUUGCACAUGGGCUCCAGAAUCCUGAGGGAAAAAUGGCGUAUGAACCAAUCGUUGGUGACCGUCUACCAUGGGACUGCAUCUCCUUACGUUGUUCCACUGCCUUGUGGAUCAGACCUUUAGGUUGAAGGUUCGGGAUGUGGCCGCCUAAGGAAAUUACAUGAUUGGUUUUGAGCACCCGGGCAGUAUCAUAGCCCACACACAAAUUGAAUGAUAUAUGUGGUCUAUAUUUAUUUGAUAUCUAGUUGUACCAAUGUUUAUGUGUUUAAUUAAUAAAAAAUAAUAAAAUGCAAUAAGAUAAAUUUCCACAGUAGUCAAAUAAUAUUCGAGAAAAUCACCGUGAAUAUAUUUAAUGUAGCAACUUAGUAAUUACACUAUCGAACACCUUGUUCCUAUAAAAUAUGGUCGUUUUAAAUCAAUUGUUUAAGAUAUGUGAGGUGGAUUUUUGUUCUAUUAAUUUAACUGUUUUAACAAAUACGUAAUUAAUUGUAGUGAGCUCAGAAACUGUCACGUUGUUGAAUUCACUUGGUAUUGUUUACUUGAAGCGAACGGCACUGGGUUCAUGUCCCAGAGUGAACAUCAAAUCUGAGAUUUAGGUACAUCCAGCUGACAAGUCCCAAACAGAACGCCACUAUCCAUCUCUGCUUAUACUGUCACGUUUUUAGUUUGGAUUGAUUAAAUUUACAUUGCAUACUACAAAGUUGGACGGUUUUCACAACAUACUAUACUAAAAUGUCAUCAUGCUUUUACAACUAAAAAAAUUUGGGAAGGUUUGACGCAAUAGAGCUGUUAUAGCCCAAAACCGCCAAUUAGGGAGCAGCGAAUUAUCGAUCGGACCAAGGACUCAUAAAACACGUGAGAGCAGUCUAGAGUCCUUAUUGGUCAUGCUUUCUGUCUAGCCCAGCCAGUUAAGUCCCGAACACCAGUCUCAGCCUCUGGAAUAUGAAUCAUGUAUUUCGAACAUACUCUGUUUAUACACCAAUCAAGCAGACCACAUCGUACCAUAAAAUAGAAAAUAACAUUUGUACAAGAUUUGGCCAAAUGUGGCUGUGAAUGUGGGAGGUAGUGAUUAAUAGACAGGGAAUAGUUCAAGAAUGGAAAAUCGUAUAAUAACAGUUCAUAGGUUAAAAUAAAGCUUAUGAUAAGAGACACAUGAAUAUGAAUAGUUUAGUUAAUUAACAAUUAUACGAUAAAAAUGUACGAAUAGUAUUGGUCCAUAAAUAGAUCCCAAAAAAUGACCACUCAUUUUUCUUAUCGGGACACAACAAGAGCUCAGUCAUAUUAGGUGUGAGAUAUACAUCACCAAUGACAACACUAGACAAGGAUCCUGAGAUAUCGCGAAUUUACUGAGGUUAUAGAUGUAAAUCAAUGCAGUAGUUUGAAGCUAAGUUCCCAUGAGAAUCGUCACGGUCUUAGAGUUGUGAAUACUCACGUUCACUGAAGUAUUCACCAUACUAGUAUUGAAUAGCUGUUCUGUACUUUCCUAUUCCUCUAUGGUUGCCUACCUGCGAUCAAUCUCUAAUAUUAAAUUUUAAAAUAAAAUCCUGUUACAUGUUUUGUGUUUUGAAUUUAUUACACAGAUACGAAAUGCUUCCAUACUUUUUUAUAGUACACUAUUUCAACGUAUUUUUGGUGUAAAUCGAUCAAAUGCAGUUAAAAGUCGAAAAAAUUGGUUUGUAUUACCUUUAUAUAUAUAUCGAUUCCAAUUUUUGUGUAUGCACACAAGUGAAUGAGAAUUUCAAUUCAAUUAUCAAGUUUUGAAACGUAUGCUUUAACCGCUACACUUUUAGACCUAUAUAUUGAAAGUGAUCUUGUUUGUAAAGUCACUUUUCAGUCAAUCAAGAGAGAGAGAGAGAGAGAGUUAACACCAACCAGGAGUAUUGUACUAAAACAAACGUUUUAACAAACUUUUUAUUAUUUCAAAACUUAUUAUCAGUUUUCCGACUUGAGUAUCAUAAAAAAUGUCUCUACAGAUUUUUAUCGUUUAUCUGAGUGUGAAUUGGUUUCUUCAUGUUGUGGUGGCUUAAGCGUUGAAACACUUAACUCCUAACAAUUAGGUUGCUGAUCCGACUGCAUACACUUCAGUUCAUGCAACUGAGCGGGCGGGCAAUAUCACUAUCCCUCAAAAUUUAACCAGAAGAUCAAGUACAAUGCACGAAUGUAUUCUCAAAAUUGAUUGAUCACUAAUUAGUGGCUGACGCCAUGUACGUCAAAUCUUAGUGCAGAUGGAAUUCUAUCGAUCACAUUACGAUUUGGCCACUAAUCCAAGUAACUUGACAUUGUGUGCACUACGUAGAGACGUAAGGCGGUGGGUAGUUGUAGGUAGUUGACAGAAAACCUUGAACUUAAUUUUCCUGCUAUCCGACAACUUGGUUGACAGAAUUCGGUUAGCACUAACAAAGACUUGAUAUACAUGAUAUUUGCCACAACUCAAUGAUGAGUCAGUGGUACAUAUAUCUCAGUCCUACAGGUGAGUCACAGCCCAAAUAGGUCAGUUGUGGUAACGUCUCGGAUUGUGAAGCUGGGUAACAUAAAGUCAAGUCCACCAAGGAGCUUUGACUCCCACAGGAUUACAGGUACAGCCCCGAAUAACACGAAGACUAGGUUAACCAAGGUUCCGUGUUGACUACCUUACACGAAUCUCUGCUUGAUAAAUGAUUGAAUGAAAAUCAUGAGUGUUUUUCUGUCCACACUGGUUAAAUCGUGAGUGUUUGGUCUUAACUCCUCCUGCAAAGUAUGAUAAAACUAAUGAUUAUUAUUUGUUAAUUAAUAAAAAUUCUUUUGAAUUAUCCAGUGUCGGUCCAGCAUAUAUUGAGUUAGGAGGGUAUAAAUAUGCUUUUAAGUAAUGUAAUCAAUAUUUUGAUGUUGUACAAUGAAUUCAUAUGAUAUUCCGAAAAGGUCAUGUUCAAUAAAACCCUAAUUUUCUCAUGUUAAAAUCAACACUUAUUGAUUUACAUUCUCUAAAAAAUUUGUGUAUGAAAUACUAACUGUAUCCCAUAUCUUCGUCAUCAUACCGUUUGAUGGGAUAAUAAACCCUCUUUUUUUUCAAGAAUUCUAAACAUUUUAAGCGUUGCAUCAAAAUGUUUUCUAAAUCACUCAUUCGACAAUCUAUCAUUGAAAUUCAUUUUCAAUAUUUCAAUCAUGACUUAAAAGUUACUACCUUGAAUGUGAUUGAUUCGAUAUUAUAGUGUAAUUUAACUAAAGAAAAGCCAGUUCAAUCCUGUUGGUUUUAAUUAAUAGUAUAUACAUCCAUUUGAAAAUAGUUAACCUUUUUCUAUGUAUAAAUACUGACUUUUAAUUUUGACAAAUGAUCUUUAUCUUAAUAUCAUUGAAAUUUUUUAAAAUUUUGAAGCUUAGCAACAUCAACAUUCUUCAAACGUUAUCCGAAAUUUGAACACUACUUUGUUGAAACACUUACAUCGUACUCAAAGAAUACGAAGUAUGAAUAUUUAUAAGAAUAACGAUUAUUCUUUUGAUCAUUAAAAUGUCUACUUUUUGAAUCAUUAUACAUGUGUUUAUAGGCCCCAAAUGUCCUGGUACAACCGAGAGUGGUGAAGGUCAUCUCUCUCUCUCGAAAUGCUAUCACAUGGCCACGUGCAUACAACCACUGCCAGGGAAGUCCUACUCAUUGCCUUCUCGUGGCGGGGGUGUUGUUUACAAAACUGAGAGGACGAAAAGCGAAUGUCCGGCACUUUGACUGGGUUGGUGGAUACGGAGAAUCCACCUAGGGGAGUUGGAAAACCCUGAUUCCACACCAGUGUUGCACAUGGGCUCCAGAAUCCUGAGGGAAAAAUGGCGUAUGAACCAAUCGUUGGUGACCGUCUACCAUGGGACUGCAUCUCCUUACGUUGUUCCACUGCCUUGUGGAUCAGACCUUUAGGUUGAAGGUUCGGGAUGUGGCCGCCUAAGGAAAUUACAUGAUUGGUUUUGAGCACCCGGGCAGUAUCAUAGCCCACACACAAAUUGAAUGAUAUAUGUGGUCUAUAUCUAUUUGAUCUCUCCUUGUGCCAAUGCAUCUGUGUUCAAAUAAAUAAAUAAAUGCUUCCACUCUAUAUUGGUUGUUUAAUUUUGUAAAUUUCUACACUAAAAUCUCCAUUGUUCAAUCCUGAUUGGUUUAGUAGUGUGUCAAUUUCUCUAUGUAAUAAUAUCUAUUGUCGUAUCAAUAUGUAUAUAAACAAGACAACUAAAUUUUGACUAUCAAACUCCCAACUCAAAUCUUCAUUCAACAUAUUUCAGUUUGAGCAUGCAGUUAAUCAUGUAUCAAUGGGUGACAUUUUAUAAAAUUGUGUUAUUCCAAGUCAAAUAUAUUAAAUAAUUCGAGGUCAUCGAAUUCCGUUAAUCUAUUUAUUGUUUACAUCAAGCUAAAAAGUGAAUAUAACUGGUUCUGCUAUGAUUUAUUUUAAAUGAUGGAUAGCCUAAAAAUCUCGAAACCAAAAUGAUUUAUAAUCAUUGAAGUUGGAAAGAUGGAUAGUCCUAACAUUGUAUUCGAUCCUUUGUAGUGUAUGUGCACUGUUGAGUAUUUCCAUUCUAUGAUAAAGCACAUAUUAGCACAACUUGCUUACGCCCGUUAUACCUCGUGGAUCAUAGGCCGCCCACCAGCAUUCUCCAUCCAACUCUGUCCUGGACAAUCCUUUCCACUCGCUUCCAGUUACUAUUCAUCCUUUUCAUGUCUACUUCCAACUCCCGACUCGGUGUGUUCUUCGGCCUUCCUCUUUUCCGUUUCCCUUCAGGAUUCCAAAUUACUAGGGCUUGCCUCGUGAUGCAGUUUGGUGAUUUCUGUAAUGUAUGUCAUAUUCACUUCCAACGUCUCUUCCUAAUUUCCUCUUCAGCUGGAAGCUGGAAUGUUUCCUCCCAUAGUAGGCUGUUGCUGAUGGUAUCUGGUCAACGAAAAUUAAGAGUCUUGUGUAGACAACCGUUUAUAAAUACAUGUACCUUUUUGAUGAUGGUUGCAGUAGUUGUCCAAGUUUCAGUCCCGUACAGUAGGACUGUCUUGACGUUCGUAUUGAAGAUUCUGAGUUUGAUGUCAGCUGAGAGUUGUUUUGAGUUCCAUAUAUUAUUCAAUUGUAGGAAUGCUGUCCUUGCUUUGCCAAUCCUCACCUUUGCGUCUGCGUCGAAUCUUCCUUGUUCAUCGAUGAUGCUGACCAGGUACGUAAAAGUUUCCACCUGUUCCAGAGCUUCUGCAUCAAGUGUGAUUGAGUUGGUGCUCUCUGUGUUAUAUUUGAGGGUCUUGCAUCUUCCCUUGUGUAUGUUGAGACCUACUGCUGCAGAGGCGAUGCUACACUGACUGUCUUAAUGUGAGUUUGUUGCUUUGUAUGGAAUAGAAGGGCCAGGUCAUAUGAGAAGUGUAAAUCGUCUAGUUGCAUCCACACUUUCUAUUGUAUUCUGUGUUUUCCCUCAGAUGUGUAGGUCUUCAUAAUCCAGUCAACCACCAGAAGAAAGAUAAAGGGUGAGAGUAAGCAGCCUUGUUUUUCACCGCUCCUCACUUGGAAUGCAUCUGUCAGCUGUCCUCCAUGCGCACCUUUUCAGUGUAUUUCUUCGUAUGAAUUCCGUAUGAUGUUGACGAUUUUCUCAGGUACACCUUAGUGUCGAAGAUGGUCCCAUAACGUACUCCUAUUGACACUGUCAAAUGCUUUUUCAUAGUCAAGAAAGUUUAUGUAUAGUGAGCACACAACUUAUCAUUGAUUUUCCAUGUGUGCUGGAAUACUGCCCAUGUGCCCAAACUGUAUCAGGAGUUUUUCUCCCUGAGCGUGAGACUCAGAGGUUUAGUCUAAUCCACAAGGCAGUGGCAGGGGAGCGACGUUUGGAGAUGCAGUCUGAUAGUAGAUAGUGACCAAGAAUAGAUUCAUACAUCACUUGUUCUCUCGGGACCGUGAAGGUAAAAUGCAUGAUCGGUUCGGAAUCAGGGUUGCUCAACUGUCCUAGGUUGUUUCUCCGUAUCCACGAACGUGGUUUAAGCUCUGAACAUUGGCUUUUCGUCCUCUUGAUUUUUUAAACGAAACUCCUGCGAGAUGGUGAAUAGGACUUUCUUGAGAGUGGUCCAUAUGUGCGUGGUCAUACGCGAGCAUUUCUAGAGGGAGAGGAGACUCUCCCCACCCUCAACUGCACUCAGGAAUUUAGACGCACGUUUGUAUUGCGCCAGCAGAAGUAUCUUUCGAUGCUGAAUAUUUAUUACUGAUGAAAUGUAUUUUAUACGUAGUCGAAUAAUUUGUUCGCUAUCUAUGAGCGUGCAGCACAAUUUAACAGUGACUGUAUUUUAGUCAUAGAAAUGAUAACUAACCAACCAAUCUUCUCUUCAGAAUUCAAUGAUUUAUAGUUAUUAGUAGUAAUCGUGUGUUAACUGAUGUUGUUUGUGUUAGGUGAUAUUGGUUGUUGCUCAGAGAUCAUUGAGUGUAAGUACCUCAGUCUCCUUCCUACUAAUGGAGGUUAGUCUUUGCGUGAAUAUCUCUCUGUGAGUUAGUAACUUUAUCAGUCCGUAACGAAAACUACCAAUACAACUACACUAAUCUAUAUAUAACUUCUGAACCUGAAUAUAUUUUUCAUGUAAAUUAAUCAUUAAUUAAAGUAUGAAUGUUCAAUAUAUACAAAUUAAUUAUAACAUAAAACACAAGGUAUACUAGGUAUGCUUAGUGCACACCACUCGUUAAUUCUACACUUAAUGUUUUGCCAAAUAUUAUUCAUCAUUUAAGAGUACUUCUUUUCCUUCUUCUUGUAACUAUUUGAUCAUUGCAUAUGAUUGAUGCUCCUCCAACCAUAAGAUUUCUCCUUCAAUGUCUGUUGAAGUCUAUGUUUAUCUUUUUUUUCUAAAUUCCACAGCAUUCCACAUCCAAGUUCUUUCAAAUUGUACAGUAUACUUCAUUUGAUGACACACCUACUACCAUCCUUACAAGUUACUGAGAUUGAUAAAAUGUUAUAUAAACUACUUAUUAGGUAAGUAAUAUAUAUAACAUAUCAAGCAUAACUUGCAGUGAUUAAAAUACAAUAACAAUUUAUGCAUACAUCUGCGAAGUAAUCGUACAUUAAUGAAAUUCGUACAGUUUGUCCUUUCUUGUUCUCAAAAUCUUGAUGAAUACAAACUCAUGAAUCCAUAUAUUAUCGAGCCUCAUUUCUUAUGGAGACCAUGAAACCUCUAAUUUUCUGUGGUACUUUAAUCGCUCCGUAUAUAUUGCGUUGAUCUUUAAUCGUCUAAACUGACUAGACUCUUACCAUUUUACGAGAGUCAAUUUUCUCGUUGUCUGCUGAACAUUUGACUUGAUUACUGUGUUGAUAUUGCUUGUAGUUUUAUUUAGGACUCGUCAGUUAGAAGUAACCAUGGCCUAGUGUUGAUGUUUAAAUUGAAAUUCCAACCGUGUAUGUAGCUUAUCUGAUCACGUUCUGAAGGCGUUAGGUACUGGAAUGCGAUGCUAACCAAAAUCUUAAGAACUCUUAGCAACGUCUGGCAAUAAAUGGAAAUAAAGUACUUUGUUAAAUCAGCCCCAACUAGUAACACGAAGUUAUUUUCGUCAAUUUAUUAAUGAUUAAAGCAUCUAGUCAUCUGAAAAUUUACCGAAUUUAUGUUUUCAGUAUGACUUAAAUUAUACAGAUUACAUUCUGUGGUUAAUUAUGUCAACUAAACAGUACAAUUGAUAGAUAUUGCAAAACCAUUGCAUUAAUGGGUUUUUAAGUCGGUGCAGUGUGAUUAUCUUGUUCACUUCGAAGGCACAUAGUUUCCGAAGACAUAUAUUAUCCAACCGUUGAACUACAUAUUUCAAAUUAUUAAUUAACGUUGGAUUCAAACUGACUAGCCUAAAGUAGCCAUUGUCAUCACAAAACUGAUACUUCCUAAAUGAGGUAGCGAGUAUACAUACUACUAAUACAUCUCACUAUAACGAAAUAAUUGUCCAUUGUAUUCUGACCUAUUUUAACGAAAUAUAUGUUUAUACUACUUUUUCAGGUGUGGUUUUAGUGAUGACAUACGUAUACGUAAAAUUGCUUCGUUAGCUUUAACCUCAAUUAUACAUCCAAGUGUUAUCAUGACUACAUUAAACCAUUUAUUCGAUUUAAUGGAACUAUUUCAUGAAUCAAUGCCAGUUAAGAGAUGGUGCAAUAUUCGAUUGAAUAUAUUACAUGGUCUACUUUUACAGAUAUAUGCAUUGAUGUAUUCCAAUAUGGAUAUUCAUGAUAGUACACCAUCAGUUUACACUGUUUCAACUAUAUCGUAUCUUUCAAAAUCGAAUUAUUUAACAAUUAUAAAUCGUUUAAAGUCAUCAUUCUCUUGGUUAAAUGAUUCAGCAUAUGUUACAUGUACAAUUAUAAAACAAUUAUAUAUGAAAAUAUUAAAUUGUCAUUAUAAUCAACCUAUACAGAUUGAAACUAAUGUAAUUGGUCUUGAAUAUGAUUAUUUGAUAACACAUAUUUAUGUUCUGAUUGAUUGUACAUUGAACAAUUCGGAAAAUUCUACUCUUUCUCCUACUACAUUUUAUUUAAACUUAAUAAAAUGGACUAAAUCUAUGAAUUCAAUAAAUCUUCUUACAGUUUCACUUCGUCGAAUUUGUUCAUAUUUACACUCAACACUUGCUCAUUCCACAUUGAAUGACAACAAUUUCGAUAUAGAAGAUAUUAAUGAAAUUAUUGAUGCCAGUGAACACUUGAAUUCGUCAAUAUUCAAUAAAUUAAAAACAUUGUUUCCCUUUCAAACUUUAUUUCAAAAUUUUAUUCGUUUAUAUUUUCGGUUAGAUGAAAAUAUUCCACAUAAUAAUAAUCAUAAAGAUGACGAAGCGUAUCGAUAUGCAUUUGCCUUAUUAACUAUACAAUUGCAACAACAUCAAAGUGAUCAUGAUUCCACAGAUAUCUCAAGGAAAUUAAUUCUGGCAGCUUUUCGUUGGAGUUGUAAACAGAUGAAACUUCUAUUUAAAAAAAUGAAAUGCUUAAAUUCACUACCAAUCUACUUAGCAGCAUUUAUACGUUUUCAUACUAAAUUGAUCACAGUUAUAUAUAAUAAGGAGAGUGAUGAUGACGUUUCAUUAAUUCUGUCUAAAUUCUGUAAUUUAGGCAAUCUUUGUUUCAAUAUAUUGCAACACUCACAUACUACUACUACUACACAUGUCUGUUUAGAAGUAAAAUAUGCUGUUUUGCAUUCGUUUUUUGUAUCAAGAAUUUUUGUUAAUUGUUUAUCAUUCUCCUCGGAGGAAGACAUAAAGAAAGUUUUUCUUCAAUCAUUCGAUAUUCUAAUCGAGAAUAUUAAUAAUUUGGAAAGUUCUAAACUACAAAAAUUGACAUGUAAGACCGUUCAGAAUAUCUUGAUGUUCAGUGAUCCAAAAUUUCAAUGUGUCACACAAUCACCUUAUAUUCUAUUAGAUGGUUUAAUAAAAUUCGUUUUAUUACAUGGAAAUUUCAGUCUCUAUGAACAUUUGCUCUUAUUUCUUCGAAAAAAAGUUCGUCAUUUUAAAGAACUCAACUCUCAGUUAGAUAACGUAAUUAGUGAAAAUGCAUUCUCACAGACAACAUUGAAAUUCGAAAACGAUCAAGUGGAAUUAAUCAAAAUUAUAUCUGAUAAUAUUACGAAAUGGAUACAACCAUAUCUUGAUGCAUUGUACGUUUCUUUACAUGAAGAUGAUAGGAUGGACUAUAUUCAAAAUGAUCUUGAUAAGUCAUUGUGUCGAGUAAUGGAUUUCAAUGAUAUGGUUCCAUUUUUAAUUUUCAAAUCGGAUUAUGCAUCACUUCUAUAUUUGAAUCGUUACACGGAUAAUCGCAUGAUAUUAUUAUUGUAAACAAUUAUUUAUUUUAUUUCGAAAAAUAAACAAGUUUUAUUUGUUAUUCCUGUCAACUGUCCUUUCUUCGCCCGUUUUUCGUCUUCACACACAUACAAGUGUAAUUCAACAUACACUUUCAUAUCAUUUUUUCUUUUCCAGAAUGUCUGGAAAGGACAAAAAACGACGAGGUUUACGAGGGAUCGAAAUCUUUAUUGUACCUUUUUUCGUUAAUUUAUUGUACCACAUGGCCCUUGGUAGUAGGAAAAGACAAACAGACGCGUCUAAACAAAGCAAGUUAUCAAAAGAGUGAAUACUAACUACAAGCUCUUUUAGGUUUAAGCAUCUAGCUGCCCACGUCGUCACUACCCCACUAGAUGUAGAAAGAUGUUCAACGGUAAAUAAAUCCCCAAAUUCAAUAGCUUUGUUAGUCCGACGUUUCAUGCUUACCACGUUAGAUUUAAUGUACUCACCUAGCUGAAGGCUCUCGGUCAUGCAUCCGCACCAGGUUACGAGAGGGAACGCCGUGCUCAACAUCCCCUGCAAUCACUAACCAGAUUAGAUCAGCCUAUCCACGAUAUACUGGUAACCUAUCAAAUUUAUCUUCGAAUCUCCUCACGUCUGACUUUUGAUUCUACUGAGUGGCACGAUUCAGUUAUAGAUGUUACUGGUUAAAGUGUUGUCAAACUGCAAAUACCUGUGGCAUCUUCAGCCUGAUAUGUCUGCGGCAGUCCAUGCUGCCAAGGGGCUGGAAUUCGCAAUAAUUAUUACGGUGCAUAAGGCGGCGAGUAGGGACCUGAAAACUAUUUACCCGUUAGUUUAACCAGUGUAGUUGUAAAACUAAUUGAAUAGAUCAUUCGGAUGGUUAUUAUGAACUGUGUUGAGGGGCACAAUCUUUUGAAGUUGCCACAGGUAUUCGGAGUUUGACAACGCUUUAACCAGUAACACCUAAUAUGAAGCGUACCCACCAAGUGAAAUCAAGAGAAAGAAGCAAGGAGGUUCGACGAUAUAUUUGAUAGGUUACCAGUAUAUCGUGGAUAGGCUGAUCUAAUGUGGUUAGUGAUUGCAAGG